GACCUUGGGCAAAGCAUGGUCGGCAUGGUCGUGGAUUUCGGUUUUUCAACCGAGUCUUAUCACAACUUCACAAGUCCGUAAAUUCCUUGCUUGAGGGAGUGUGUAGUACAUAUGUACUUACAUUCGUUCAAGUGGUAGACGGAGCUGAAUUAAUUUAGUAAGUUAAGUGAAUCAAAACACAGUGAAUUCGGCUUGCAACGGCGAUCGCACGGUUCACUCGGGUGCUAGCAUGCUGAAAAGGGCCACGCGGGUCACCCCCACGCUUCUGAGGAAUCUGCAGCCCCUGAGACACGAGCAAGUCAGGACAACCGUCGUUGUUAAAAGGGUCCACACGCCACAUCUGUCUAAAAUAUGGGCCAAGACGCCCAGAACACUUCGAAGUCGGCACUACAUUUACGAAUACGACGAAGUCACAGAGGUCAAGAAGAAGGAACCCCUCGACGUCAUCCUCAUGGACGUUGUGGAAGGUCUUGGUAACAAGUGGGACAUCGUGUCAGUGACUCCAGUCUAUGGCCUGACCCAGCUGAUUGUGCCGGGCCUGGCCAUCUACGCUACUCCUGACAAUCUGGCACUCCGGGAGAAAAUGAAGCAGGAUAAAACGGAUCUGGGGCCAGUUUACAGUUCCCGCUUUGUUCCAAAGACUAUGCGUUUGCUGAAGGCACUGGUAGUCAAGCUGCCCAUGAACAAGGAGGUGGACUGGACUGUGGAGCCAUGGCACCUUCGCAUGGCAUUGCGUCAGGCGGGAGUUGUGGUGCCCGAAGACUCCAUUGAGCUCCCCAAGACCCCCAUCUCCGGUCCGGAUGUUGGCAAAGAGAACAAGGUGUUCGCUGCUACCAUUCUGAUCAACAAGGCAGACCGGGUUCCUGUGCUCUUCCGCAUCCAGCACGUCAGCAGGAAGCUCUCGGACGAGGUCGUGUCAGAGGUGCCCUACGACAAGCUUCCCGUCGAGGCCCUGCUUCCGGAGCAGAGGGACCUGCUCCGAGAACUCGCUCCCGACAAAGUGGUCGACACGGCAGGGUCUUGAGGGCAGAUGCUCCGGGUAGUCCUUCCCAUAGUUCUUAUCAUUAAUAAAGCGGUUGGCAAUAUGA